CUGAUACAUUGUUGCAUCAUUGAAGUCAACUCCAUCAAUUUCAGUGUAUUGUUUCAGGAGCGGUAGCGAGUCACCAUGCCUGGUGCUUCUUUGCUUGGUGGCUUACUCUGCUCGCAGACACCCAGGUCCACCGCAACUCACCGCCUGCGGCUCACCCGUGCCCGGUGUCACCCUCGUCUUGUGGCUCUCAUCGCUGGCGGCCUGGGCUCGCCCCGUGUCCGUCUUGCCUUGGGUCUGUCUUGCCUGGUGUCUGCUUACCGGCUGUCUCCCUGUCUAGUGGUUUACUCUGCUCGCAGUCAUUUAGGCCUGCUGACAUUCACUGCCUGCGGCUCACCCAUGCGCGGUGUUACUACUGCCUGGAGGUUCACUCUGCUCGCAUCCAUUUAAGCCUGCUGACAUUCACUGCCUGUGGCUCGCCCGUGCCCAGUGUUACCCUUGUCUGGUGGCUCUCGUUGCCCGUGUCUUAAACUCGCCUGCUGUUCUGCCUGCAGCGCACCUAUACCUAGAACUGCUCAUGCUUAGUGUCUACUAUUAUAGAGUCAAACAAUCAAGACACCUAGGAAUAUGAGCCCAGAGAUGCAUCACGCGUAGCCGUUCAACUCAAUCGUGUGCUUAC